UUAUUUAAUUUUCUUUUAAUUGAUAGUAAGUUUUUUAGUUUACUCGCAAAAGUGAAGAAGUGUUUCAGAUUUCUUUAAGCUUUGGGCUAUGGAUUCAGCAGCACCGUGUUUGGCUUCUCAAAUAUCAUGCGCUUCGAUCUGUUUGCUUGAGUGGCGUUUCUAGUACUUGGAUUUUCGUAGUGCGUCGGUGUCUGUUAUAAAUGGCUGAUUCAAGUCAUGUGGAUGUUAUUUUGGAAUUCCUGAGAAGGAACAAAUUUACCAAAGCAGAGACUGCGUUGAAAAGUGAAUUGGGUAACAGACCCGACUUAAACGGGAUUCUUCAAAAGCUUACGAUUGACGAUAAGGAGUCUGGCAAUAGAUCAAGCGAAGAAGUGAAUGGGGGCUGUGUAGCGGAAGAAGAUAGAAAGAUAAAAAGUACUAGGCAUAGUCUUAAGGAUUCGUCGACCCCCAGUAGUGCCGAGGCGUCUAAGGAGCUAAUUGUGAAAGAAGUAGAGUGUGGAGCAGAACGAAAUGGGUCCGAUUUGACAAAGUGGGAGAGCUGUGCUAUUGUGGAACAGAGCAAGCUCAAUAGUGAAACUGUUGGAACGAGCGAUAAGAACUUCUCCUUUUCCAAGGGUUUAGAUGAUUCUGUACUUGAUCUUUAUUCAUGGAAAUAUGGGAACAAUGGUCCAGUUACUUCUUAUCAGAAUGAUGUUGGCAGUACUGUCGAAAACAAUUUCUUGGGAUUUCAGGUUCCCGUGAAAGCGGGGUUGCAUUCAGCUGAGAAUCUUGAUAGUGGUAAGGUUAAUCUGAAAUCGGGGCAGCAUGCUAGUUUUUCUGGUGAAAAGAGAAUGUCUUGGCCUGGUAGUCUUAGUAAUACUAGUACAGAAUCGAAGAUUGAGCAUAAAGAAGUCGAUCAAGAAAGAAUGCAAAGCAGUUCAUGGUCCAAGGAUGAGGUUCUUGAUAAGGCCUGGUCAAUAAGUGAUGUAUCUGCCAGUCCAUCUUCAGAGCUUUGGAAAGAGUGUCGAGUCAAAACUGUUUUCCCCUUCUCAGUCGGGGACACUUGUACCAGCUAUGAUAGUGCUGUUGCUGUUGUCGAUAAAAAGGAGGGGAAAAAGAAAGCAGAAACAAAUAACAUUAGAGCAGCAAUAAAGGAGCAAGUGGAUGAGGUGGGGAGAGCACUUUUCUUCGGGAAGACUCAGGGGAGCGAGCUGAAAGAUUUUGGUGCGUUAGAAUUUCGUCUUGCAUCGGAGAACCAGAAGGAAGAGUUACCAAGACUAGCGCCUGUGAGACUUAAGUCAGAAGACAAGUCUUUCAAUAUUCACUGGGAGGAGAAAUAUGAACGCGAUGGCCCUGGUCCGAAGAUCUUGAGUGUUGACAAUGCUUAUCUUAUAGGUUCAUUUCUGGAUGUACCUAUUGGCCAAGAAAUUAAUUCUUCAGGGAAAAAGCUAGGUGGAGGAAGUUGGCUCUCUGUAAGUCAGGGUAUUGCUGAAGAUACUUCUGAUCUGGUUUCUGGUUUUGCAACUAUAGGCGAUGGGUUGAGUGAAUCCAUUGGGUACCCAAAUGAAUACUGGGAUUCUGAUGAAUAUGAAGAUGAUGACGAUGUUGGCUACACGAGACAACCCAUUGAAGACGAGACCUGGUUUCUGGCUCAUGAAGUUGAUUACCCGAGUGACAAUGAAAAGGGGACAGGGCAUGGGAGUAGUGUUCCAGACCCUCAAGAAAGUGGACAGAACAAAAACGACGAAGAUGAUCAGUCAUUUGCGGAGGAGGAUUCUUACUUCUCUGGGGGGAGGUAUUUCGAGUCCAAAAACAUUGACGCUGUAAUAUCGUCAGACGGUCCUGUGGGGUUGUCCAAUACUGAAAUGUACAGGAGAAACGGAGACAAUGACCUGAUUGAUCAAUAUGACGGACAGUUGAUGGAUGAAGAGGAGCUGAACUUUAUGCGUGCAGAACCCGUUUGGCAGGGCUUCGUUACACAGACGAAUGAACUCAUUAUGCUCGGGGAUGGAAAGGUUAUGAGGGACCGUGGAAUACCUCACCCAGAUGAUAUCUGCAUGGAUGAUAAUCAACAAGGUUCGGUUAGAUCUAUUGGCGUUGGAAUUAACAGCGAUGCUGCUGAUAUUGGUAGUGAAGUGCCGGAAAGUUUGAUAGGAGGUAAUAGUGAAGGGGACAUCGAGUACUUUCAUGAUCAUGAUAUUAGAAAUUUACAGCAUGGCAUGGAUAAGAAUGCUACUGAACAAUUCAAGAAAGACAAAAAAAAUGAAAUAAAGAGACAUAAUUCUGAUAAGUAUAUAAUGAGUAACGAUAAGGGUGCAUAUUCAGCGGCAACGAAUCGCAUGGAUGGAGUAUUCUCAUUUCCUCCUCCGAGAGAUGGGCAGCUGGUGCAAACAAGCUCGGGUAAACCCUUGUGGUCAAAUCCAGUCAACACUACGUCGAGUGAUAAAGUUGAUGAUUGUGGUGUGUCUAAUCAAGACAUGCUUGCACCGUGGAGGCGCAAAAGCAAUGACUCUUCACCGGUUAAGAGUCCAAGGGGCGAAGACAAUGCUAAUGACGGGGAGUCGGCAAAUUCGAGUCCCUCGUCUCUUUCGAACUAUGGUUACAUUGAUAGGGAACGUGUAAAGAAAGAAGAGGAUGUAAGUACAACUGGUAUAAGAGAAGAGGAACCUGAGGUAUCAUUGGAGGACGAGGAAGCUGCUGCUGUGCAAGAGCAAGUGAAGCAAAUCAAAGCACAAGAGGAGGAAUUUGAAACCUUUGAUUUGAAGAUUGUCCACCGGAAAAACAGGACUGGCUUUGAGGAGGAUAAAAAUUUUCAUGUUGUUUUAAAUUCGGUAAUAGCCGGACGCUAUCAUGUUACUGAGUAUCUUGGAUCAGCCGCAUUCAGCAAAGCUAUUCAGGCACAUGACCUGCACACUGGCAUGGAUGUUUGUGUGAAGAUUAUAAAGAACAAUAAGGAUUUUUUCGAUCAGAGCCUCGACGAAAUAAAGCUGCUCAAGUAUGUGAACAAACAUGAUCCUGCUGACAAGUAUCAUCUGCUUCGGUUGUAUGAUUACUUCUAUUAUCGAGAGCAUUUAUUGAUCGUUUGUGAAUUGCUUAAAGCAAACCUGUACGAGUUCCAUAAAUUUAACAGAGAAUCUGGGGGAGAAGUCUACUUCACGAUGCCAAGACUUCAGUCAAUUACUAUUCAGUGCUUGGAAGCACUUCAAUUCUUACAUACGCUUGGCCUCAUACAUUGCGACUUGAAGCCAGAGAAUAUAUUGGUGAAAAGUUACAGUAGAUGUGAGGUGAAGGUUAUUGAUCUUGGAAGUAGUUGUUUCGAAACCGAUCAUCUUUGUUCGUAUGUUCAGUCUCGUUCGUACCGAGCACCAGAGGUUAUUUUGGGACUUCCGUACGGCAAAAAGAUUGAUAUUUGGUCCCUUGGUUGCAUUUUGGCUGAACUCUGCACAGGCAACGUGCUGUUUCAAAAUGAUUCUCCGGCAACUUUGCUUGCUCGAGUAAUUGGAAUCAUAGGCUCUAUUGAGCAAGAGAUGCUUGCGAAGGGACGAGAUACAUACAAAUACUUCACCAAAAAUCACAUGCUCUAUGAAAGGAAUCAGGAUACUAACAGAUUGGAAUAUUUGAUACCGAAAAAGUCAUCCUUACGACAUCGGUUGCCAAUGGGAGACCAAGGUUUCAUUGACUUUGUCAGUCAUCUUCUCGAAGUCAACCCUUCAAAAAGGCCUUCUGCAUCAGAGGCUCUAAAACACCCUUGGCUACAAUACCCUUACGAACCGAUCUCUUCCUAAAAAAAAAGAAAAAAAAAUGGAUUUUGCUCAUUGGUCGGAUGCACCGUUGCAUAGAAACGGAGGAUAACUACCCACACCGUUAUUUGCCGGCCCAUAUGAUUUGCAGAUUGAUCUUUCAUCAGUGGGGUUGUAAUAUUCAAGCGCCUCCACAUUUCAAAGGAUCGGAUAUUAAUUUCCCCGACCUGCCGGGUUGUAUUUUGAUUAUUACGAACGGUAUAUGUAAUAUUUGCGCGAAAUAUGUAUCGAUAGGAAUUUUUUUUUCGAUUUUUGUUGGUGGGGGAAAGUCUUCACUUUUGUUGUACAUGAUGUGUGAUUAUUCUUUUAGGCUAUUUAGUUAUUAAUAGCUUGUGGAAAUAGUUGUUUGUCCAAUUUUUUGUUUGGCUUGGGAUCUUCUUCAUUUUAAUAAUUUCUAGUUUAUUA